UUUAUUGUCAUCGGCAGGGAACUUUUUAACUGUCUGGUGCCUGCACACAAGUUCGAAUAACAUUACAUUUAGGUAUUUACUUAUUUGAUUUACUCCUUAUUUUACAUUUCAUGGCAAACGACAUCGUCAAGCCAGCCAGAAUUAGCCUGCAGGAUUUCAAAACAAAAGCGGAUACUUUUUGGAUUUAAACGUUCAGGGUCCAGUAUGUCGAAGGAAGUGCCUUGCUUGAGUGGACACAAUCCUUCUGACACAUGCAGCAAGAAUGCUAAAAAUAAGAGCAACAGAUUGACUCUGAUCGCAAUGCGUGAAACUAAACACGUAGACGACUCCAGUGGAACGGGCUCCCGCUGCAGCUCUGAGAAAGACUCUGGCUAUUCUGAUGGCUCAGACUGGCAGCAGACUGAUGUGGAGGACCAGCGGAGCGACCAAAGCCAAACCAAAGGCAGCGAGCAGGCAGACACUUCACAGACAGGUCAAACCAAAGCCCUCCAGCAAGGGAAUCCUGGGAAUCCUUCGCUGAAAACAGCAGGCCGCGAGCGCCAACCUAUCUACAUCAUCAAUAACAUGGUGCUCAAACAGCCGGACAUGAUCCAGAAAAAAGUUCAGCUGUCCCGGAGAAAUGGAAAUCGGGGAACAAGAAGUUCUGGUGCUCCCUGUAUGAUCCUUUCCCAGCAUCCUAGAUUAUUGCUGGCCUCCCGCCACCUCCACAAGCCUUUGUCCCAGAAGUCCCACAUCACAGGGAAGAAAAUAAAUGAUACUUACCUCCCCAUUCUCAAUUCCUAUCCCCGCAUUGCCCCACACCCCAGCAAGAACCCGACUGAUAAAUCUGUAUCUAAUGAUGAAUCACAGAAUCUGAGCAAGAGGAUGUGCAAAGAACCCAAGAACGGUGAAAAACCUGUGAUCAGGAGUCUUCCUGUGCAGCACCUUCAUGAGCAACCAAAAGUAGCAGUCCUAACCAAUGGGCUGCCAUGUCCCUCUUCAACCAGUGCAUCCUCCUGCAGUCCAACUACUGUCUCCUCGAGCCAAGGCGCCCCAUCUGGGUCCAAUUUGCACAAUACAUCUUCCAACCUCACAUCCAGAGGACCUCACAGAAACGGCACCAUCAGUACCCGCCACCGCCGGUUCCUCAACACAGUGCAAAUCCUCCGACAAUCAGGUCUGCUGGACAUUACGCUGCGCACGAAGGAGUUGCUGCGCCAGAGCAAAGCCACCGAGCAGAACAUUGCUCAGCUGCGCCAGCACACGGAGCUGCUGUGCCGGGCUGCCAGUGACCCCACGAGCAGCCGGAGCAGCACCACAGCCUGGGAACAUCUGCACCGAGCCAUGGCCGAGUCUGGGAGCUACCCGGACCUUAAAUCCCUGCAAAAUGUACAAAUCCCAUGUCAUAUAGAUUCCAGUCAACCAGUGAGAUUCUCCACAGGGGACGCUGUGGAGGGCUCAUCUCGCCUUCACAUUGCUGUACCGGACCCAAACUCAGAAAAAGGCAGGCAGAGCAAGAGUGGGGAUUUAUCCUCAGAAAAUGUCACCUUUACACUUCCUGACAGUUCUACUGGUUAGAGAUCUGCAGUGCCUUUAGAGAGAGAGGGAGUACUCAGGGCUAUUUUGAGGUAUUAUGUGUCAUUUGAAUGGUUAAUCCCUGGUUAUUUAAACCAAGUUUUAUAUGGAUUGCAAAAAAUAUCUCUGUAGGUCAAUGGGAAUCCACCAAUGAAUCAAGGUUUGUACUUCUUGUCGCAGUACAAGUUUUGUUCUUCCACAGAUGUAAGUGUUUGACAUCUUAUCCCUUUUUAAUUCACUCAAGUGCAAUUCCAUCGCGAGGUACCACUUUAAAUAAUCACUGCCUUUAUACACCCACUCUGAUGUUUGGAUGAUCUCUGACUGUGAGACACUUAAAGGAUUAUUAGAUAUAUUGUUUUUCCCCCUGAAGCCAGAGAAAGGAUAAAGGUAUCCAUCUUCUGGUUGACAAAUGUUAGGAAAAUGUUUUCUUUAUAACAGGCUGUACCAUGCUGAAAGAGAGGCAGCAGUCCAAACAUGUGAUAAACAAGAUUGGUGCCCUUGAAACAAUGCAAGAUAAAGGCUGUGCUCAGUGCUGCAGAGAAAAACCUUCCUUAACAUUACACACUUACUUUUAACUGCUGCAAAGGACUUAGGAUCUAAAUGUCCGUCAACAAAGCCUUAAAAAAAACGAUUUCCUUUUCUUUUCUUUUUGCAUUUCCAUGUUAUGAUAUCAUAUUUAUUUUUUACAAAUACAACACACAUCUUAGAAUACUGGAAGACAUUCGCCGACAGAAUUGAAUAAAUCAACACCGUUUUCCUGUAUACAUGCAGAUGCUUUAUUUUCCGUUUUCACUUUGAUUUCUUUUCCUCAUGGUGCAAAGUUGAGGGUUUGAGAGAGUUUGACUGUGUUAAAAUAUAAAAGUGUGUUUCCUAAGUGGGUACAAUCACGUGUCAUGUGAAUGAUCAUAUUCUGUGUGCUUGUGCAUAUGACAGACAUCACUGCAGUCAACGCACAUAUUUCUGAAGUGGUUUUAAUAGUGUGUUUUUCAUCAUUUUAAGGUAUUUAAAUAAAGCAAUAUGAAGACUA